UGGUUCGCGAUGAACUCGGUGAGUGAGUACGAGGUGCGGACACGGCUACUCUACACGUCGCGUGUCGGCACGGUGCUGUUGCUGUUGAUUGAUGCCACCGUUUGGCUGCAACGACCCGAUAUCGUUGACUUCCACAACCGCAUCCAGUCCGUCCCUGGACCGUUCAUACAGGACAUUUACGAUUUCGUGGUGAUCGGUGCGGGUUCGGCCGGUGCCGUCAUGGCGGCCCGGUUGUCCGAGAUAUGCCACUGGGAUGUGUUGCUACUGGAGGCCGGUCAGGACGAGACGUACCUUACCGACAUUCCGUUCCUCUAUCCGACGCUCCAGACUUCGCGUGUCGAUUGGAAGUUCCACACCGAACCGUCGCAAGAGUUUUGUCUCGCGAUGAAGAACGGCCAGUGUCGGUGGCCUCGCGGAAAGGUUCUCGGUGGUAGCUCGACCAUCAACGCGAUGCUGUACGUCCGCGGUAACCGGCGAGACUUUGAUGCGUGGCGUGAUCUCGGUAACGAUGGCUGGAGCUAUGCCGAUCUGCUGCCGUACUUUAUCAAGCUGGAAAACAUGCGCGACGGUGCGUUCCGGGAUCGACCGUACCACGGCAGGAACGGUCCGAUCAGUGUCGAGCGAUACCGCUACCAGACGCCACUGCGCGCUUAUCUGUGGGCUGGUUUGGAGGAGCUCGGUCUGAUCAAUCCGUACGGUGAGGUGAACGGUCCAAGACAGACCGGAUUCGCCGAACCGCACGGGUCGCUCCGUGAUGGUCUCCGAUGCAGCACAGCCAAAGGAUAUCUCCGGCCAGCCGGAGCCCGCAAGAACCUCCACAUCUCGAUGAACACUUUUGUCGAGAAGAUCCUGAUCGAUCCGCAGGACAAACGUGCCUACGGUGUGCAGUUCGAACAGGGUGGCAAGCGGUACUACGUGAUGGUGUCGAAGGAGGUGAUACUGUCGGCCGGUGCACUCAACAGUCCACAUCUGCUGAUGCUAUCCGGAGUGGGCCCCCGCGAGCAGCUCGAGCGUCACGACAUACCGGUACUCCAGGAGCUCCCCGGCGUCGGUCAUAAUCUGCAGGAUCACGUUGCCACCGGUGCCGGUGCCUACACGGUCCAGAAUCCCGACGGUGAUUUUCCACUAGCGUUCGAUUUCCGGCAAGCGGUCGAUGUGGAAACGUUGCGCCGGUUUCUACUGAACGGUGAGGGUCCCCUGUACGGAAUGCCACUGUGCAGUAUCAUGGGCUUUUGGAACACCAAGUACCAAGAUCCGCGCGUUGAUUGGCCCGACAUUGAGUUCUUUCUGGCGGCACUGUCGGACAUGACGGAUGGUGGACGGUUUGGCAAACGGGCGACCGAUAUGACCGAUCAGUACUAUGCGGACCUGUACGAGGAUCACCUGUACGCGAACUCGUACACCGUGAUCCCGAUGCUGUCACGACCACACAGCAGGGGUUGGUUGGAGUUGGCGAGCCGCAAUCCACGGGAUCACAUUCGGAUCUUUCCGAACUACUUCAGUGAUCGGCGCGAUCUGAUGGCGUUGAUCGAGGGCCUCAAGUUUGCGGAAACGCUGGCCAACACGGCCGCCAUGCGCCGGAUCAAUGCGACGCUGGUAGACUACUCGCGCUCACCGUGCCGACGGAGCAACUUCACGGCCGAGGAUGACUUCUACAUCUGUCUGGUGCGUCACUACACCCAAACCAUCUACCAUCCGUGCUCGACGGCCAAGAUGGGCCCGGACAGCGAUCCGAUGGCGGUGGUCGAUCGACAUCUACGAGUGCGAGGGAUCGGAGGGUUGCGCGUGGUCGAUGCAAGCAUCUUUCCGCUCAUCACUACCGGCAACACGAACGUGCCAACCAUUGCGGUGGCCGAGAAGGCGGCCGAUAUAGUGAAGGUCGCAUAUCUGGAUGAUUUGCGACGCCACGCAAAUGACCUGCGACAAUGCGGUACCUUUCAAUUCGAUUACUCAGCAUUCAAACCGUCGACGGUGAGGAAGCAAAACAUUUAGUCAACGAGCUGUCGCUACGAAUGUAGUGUAGUUAUGGAGUUAUGAUAUGGAAGAACUUAGCAGGAACAAGAAGAGCAUGAAAUGGUAGCAAAAAAAGGCUGAGCUGAAACACUGACA